CCUAAGCAGGUCACGUGCUCCUUGUAUAUCCAAUGCUACUGUCUGGUUUUGUUUACUUCCGCCGCUUACCAAAACCUGAACAAACGCCCAACCGGAAAACAGAACACCGCUUCCUCAGCCUUCUUCACCAACUACUCAUUACUCAUCUCCAACAAACCCUAAUUUCUCCUCUUUCUCUAACCAAAACAUUCAAAUUGCAACAGAAUCAUCAAUUUCCCCAAGUUUUUCAAUGGCGGCGCUAUGAUUAACAUGUAAAUUUUCAUGGCGGUGAAAUGCUUGCUCCGCAGCAGAGUUCACUUCCAACAACCACGUUUCUUCAGAUUCUAUUCUCCAUAUUCUUCCGCAUUGAUGUUGGAUGAUGAAACUCCAAAUUUCAAUGUUCCAGUUCCUAAAACCCCGGCGAAAUUAUCUCGUUUGGUUGUUAAGGUAUUCAAGUCCUUAAAUUGGGGGGUUGCAAGGGAAGUAAAGUUCAAAGGUUUGGUUCAAAGGCAUGGUUUUUAUCAUUCAAUCAAUUCCUUUAGAAUCAUCAUUCACACUUAUGCUUUGGCUGGUAUGAGUUUGGAAGUGUUUAUUUUGCUUAGAGAUAUUGUUGAAUACUAUAAAGAGCAAAAUCGAGACGCGUUUGAAUUGUUUUCGGUUUUGAUUGAUUCACCACACCAUGUGAAAAUGAAAAGGUCUGUUGUUGUGUUUGAUAUGCUUAUGAAAGUUUUUGCUUCAAACUCUAUGCUUGAACAUGCCUAUUACGUGUUUGUUAAUGCUAGGGAGGUUGGGAUUCAGCCGAAUAUAAUGUCGUGUAAUUUCUUGUUGAAAUGUUUGGUAGAAGCAAAUAGAGUGGAUGGUGUGAGAUGUUUCUUUGAAGAUUUGAGAAAGUUUGGUCCGAAGAUGAAUAUCCAUACUUAUACAAUCAUGAUGAACUUUUAUUGUAGAGAUGUUGGGUGCAGUGUUGAUAUUAGGCGGGCUUCUGAGAUUUUAGGGAAGAUAUAUAGGAGUGGGGAAACCCCGACUGUUGUUACGUAUAGUACUUAUAUUAAGGGACUUUGUAAAGUUGGUUCCGUUGAGGUUGCGUUGAAGUUGAUUUGUGACUUGCACCGAAAAAACCAGCCUCUCAAUAGCCAUUGUUUUAAUGCUGUAAUAUAUGGAUUGUGUCAAAGACGUGCUGUAGAUGAAGCUUCACUAGUUUUGGAAGAAAUGAAAAACUCUGUAAUACUGCCCGAUGUUUAUAGUUAUAGCAUUUUAGUUGAUGCAUUUUGCAAGAAUGGAGAUGAUAAGAGAGCUAUUGACUUGAUGACAGAUAUGAAACUCUACGGAAUAAAACCAUCCAUUGUUAGCUAUACUUCUCUCAUUCGCGGUCUAUGCAAGAAUAGGCCGAUGCAAAGCUUGAUGAAUAUCUUCCAUGAAAUCGGUGCUUCAGGUUGCAAAUAUGAUCAGAUUAUGUAUGAAACUUUAGUUGAUGGGUUUUGCAGGAAAGGUGAUAUGCGUUCAGCCAUCCAUCUUCUGGAGGAGAUGGGUGACAAUAAUUUUGCUCCCUCUGCUUUUAGUUAUUGCAGUCUAAUUAGGGGGUUCUACAAAUUGAGACAAUUCACUAACGCGUUGAAAAUUUAUGGUAUCAUGCAAAAAAGGGGUUUCUGGCCGGAUACAAUCACUUGCAAUCAUGUUCUUAGUAUUUACUGCAGGAAACGUGAAUUCAAUGAAGCCUUGGCAUUGUCGGAGAAAUUCCAAGAACACGGAGUUAACCUCAACCCAUAUUCAUAUAAUGAAUUCAUCCACAAGCUUUGUAGAGAAAGUUUUCCAGAAAAGGCACUGCAGCUUCUGCCACUAAUGCUUAAAAAUAAUGUACUUCCUGGAGUUGUUAAUUAUAGUACGCUUAUAACUGGCUUUGUCAAACAUUCAAAUUCUAAAAAGGCCGUGGUGUUAUUCACUAGAAUGACAAAAGUAGGAAUCACUUUCAAUGUCAGAACGUACACAUUUCUUAUGGACCUAUGUAUCCGUAAUUGCAAAAGGCGUUUAGCAUACUACUUAUUUGAGGAAAUGAAAGAAAGGGGUGUAUAUCCAGAUCAGAAAGCAUAUAAUACUCUAAUAGUUGCCUUUUGUAAUGCUGAAGAAAUGAUUAUGGCGCAGGCAUUAUAUUAUGAAAUGUUGCGGGAGGGCUGUUCACCAGAUGUAAUUACUUAUACUAGUUUGAGUAAUGCAUAUUGGAAGUUAAACAUGAUAGACCAGGCUCAUAAGUUGUAUGACGAAAUGAGGGCAAUUCUUUUUUCCUGAUUAUGUAAGGUUCUGCGUCUGAAAGCUGGUGCAAUUAGGUAGCUCUGUCAAGGCUUCCAUUAUAUCCAGCUGGAAGGUCAAAUAUUUUGAAUUUGGAUUAGGUGCAGUCGCCGCUGCACGCAGUCAGCUGGAACCAGCAAUCGGACAGCCUCAAACUUGCUGACUGCAUGCAGUCGCUGUCUUGGGACUGCACACAAGCCGGAUCCAAAUAUUUCAUUUCUAGUGCAAUGAUCCAAGGAAGACAAAUUGGAUUUGGUCCGUAAAGAGAGUCAAACAUGACCUUGGGCCUUCGCUCGCUGGUAUAUUUGAAGGAGCGUGUGCAUUUUUGCUGAGCAGGAUACAGUAGAAUCUGUUGAUCUAAUCUUCCCCAAACAGUACUAGAGGUUGAGUUAAAUGUGUUUGUUGACGUAGAUGUCAUUGUUGAUACCCCAUCUGAAGGUGUUUGUGUCGUCUGAGCACCAUUGCCAAAACGCUGUUUUUUCAAUAAAGCUAAGCAUAGAUGGAGAAUGUUGCAGAUGUCUUUUGGUGAAGGGAGGUUGGAUCUUUUCGUAUCUUCUGAGAAGGUUCAAAUUAAUGUUCUCUAUGAAGAAUAUUUCUCAACCGAAGGUUACUGUGUUUUUUUGGUUGAAGUUCACUUUGUUUCCAUGGGACUAGAAGGCUCAAGAGAAAAUAAAGCUACAAAAAGCAGUUAAUAAAAUAGAGUUAUAAGAGGCAGUGUGCCAAAGUUGGAGCUGGAUACUGUAUUUGAGCAGAAGAAUGAUAUAGGAAAGGCUGCCGUCUGCCGAAGAUGAGCUUGAGAAGGCGAUGUCGAACUACAGUUACGAGAUAGUCCAGACUCUCAUUGUUGAUAUCGAGCCUGAUGUUAAUGUCAAGAGAGCAAAGAAUGAGAUCAAUGCAACUGCGAGAAUGAGGUUGGUUGCAAACGAGAAAAGCCGAAGCAUAAAAGAUAUUCAAGAAAGCUGAAGGAGAAGCUGAGUCCAAGUAUCUACCAGGACACGGUAUAGCUCGUCAACGUCAAGCUGCCAUGGACGGACUGAGGGACAGUGUUUUUGCAUUCUCCAGAAACGUACCCAGAACAUCGGCUAAAGAUGUCAUGGACACGGUGUUGGUAACUCAAUACUUUGACACCAUGAAGAAAAUUUGGAGCAUAUUCAAAAUAUGUCUGUGUUCAUACCACAUGGUCCUGGGGCUGUUAGUGAAAAUAUAUUUACGGAUUUUAAAAUGAAAUUGAGAGGAAAAAAGUUAUUAUAGAGAAAAAAUAUUUACAAAAGUUAAAAAAUAAAAACAGAAAAUGUUCAACUUCUUUCUCUUAUUUUUAUUUUUACUGUUGUGAAUAUUUUUUCUUUAUAAUAAACUUUUCUCUUAUAUUUAUUUUAAAAUCUGUAAAUAGUUUUUUUCUAUAAUAUUACUUUUAUAAUGGAGAGAAAAAAUGGACAAACAGGUAUGUUGAAGAAAGUUAAAAGAGAAAUUGUUUAGUAUUUUUUUGGCAAGAGUGUACCAAAAAAAGCAACAAAAAGAGAUUGACAGGAGAUAUAAAAAGUAGAGCUAUUGUGAUAAAUAUAAAGAGAAUGAAUCUCCUAUGGCAAGGACUAUUACAUCAUAUGGCUUAUUUAAUUAAGGGCAGUGUCCUUGAGCAUUUUUUAAAUAUACUAAAUAAAUAAAAUAUUUUCUCUCCAUUAUAAAAUACAUGUAUUUUUUAAAUAAUUUAUCAUUUUAAUUACUUAAAGAGUGCUCCUGAAGACACUGGUUAACAUUUCUCUUUAAUUAUGAGAGAUUUAAUUGAUAUUUUGUUCUUUAAGUUACUUAUUAUUAUAAACUUUUGUAUUGUUAUUAGGGGAUAAAAUAGACUAGGUUCACAUUUAGUUUUAAGGCUUGAGUUUGGGUAUGAUUUAUUCUAGAUUUUUUUAGGUCUGAAUAGACCUUUCUAAAAGUUGAUAAUUUUUAAACUAAAAAUAUUUUGGACAAGUUUAGAAAAAUUAACCAAAGCCUAAUCCUUAUGAGAUUAGAAAUAACGUCCAAGUGAAUCUAGAUUAGUCAUGAACAAUCACAAAUUAUUAGUUGCCUCAUAAAUUUCUUUUUCGUGAAGGGUCAAACAAGUCUAAGUGGAGAAGCUCAAGAGGUUUUGAUGUCGAAGCAAUCUUUUUUUCAACUUAAACGACACUCUCGUUUGCUUUCUCGUUUGGCAAGCAUCACAUAAUUUGUCUUUUAAAAAUUUAAUCUUUGGAAGACCUAUCACUAGAUUCUUAGAUGCUAUUAUAUUAAUAAGUCAAAAUUCAUGUGACUUA